AUGGCCGACGUCGCACAGACGGCCGACGACCGGCCGCCCCAGGGCCCUGUCAAACUCGCCCGGCAGCUCGUGAUCGACACAGCCGCUGCCAUGGCCGCCUCGCUCGGCGUCGCGCCCUUCAUCACGAUCGUGGACCGCGCCAUCAUCGAGAACGCCAGCGGCGCGCGACCGCUGGGCCGCGGCCUCAAGGAGCUCAGCGUCGCGUUCCUCCAGCACCCGCUGCGCUUCGUGAGCAAGCGCGAGUUCCACCUCAUCUUCGGCCUCUACACGGCCACGUACGUGGCGGCGAACGCCGUCGACUCGGUCUGCGAGUACGUCGAGACGGACAACCAGAUGCCCAAAUUCAUUGGCACCACUGCGGUCAACAUGUCGCUCUGCAUCGCAAAGGAUCGCGCGUUCGCGCGCAUGUUUGGCGUCAUUGCACCCGCAGCGUUUCCCCUGUCGUCCAUCGGUCUGUUUGCCGUGCGGGACUCGAUGACGUGCGCCGCGUCGUUCAAUGCCCCCAAAGUGCUGGCGAAGCAGAUCGAGGACAACGGUCUGAUGGACAAGUCUGGAGCAGGGACCUUCGCACAGAUCUUUUGCCCUGCAGCCGUGCAGCUCUUGUCCACGCCACUGCAUCUAUUGGGUCUCGACUUGUACAACAACAAGGGCCACGCUAUGGCCAAGCGCGUGGGCUUUGUACAGCGCGAGUACGUCAAGUCUGUGCUUGCUCGUGUCGGCCGCAUCGGACCUGCCUUUGGCAUUGGCGGCGUGGGCAAUAACUACUUUCGCACCUCGCUCCGUGCAAAGCUCGAGUAG